GAAAUAAAAAAGUAUCUAAGGGAGUUCUGGAAUGCUGUACCAGACGAGGAUAGAAGUUGGUUAAGUGAGUCUCUGAAUGAUCGGGAAUAUGCAGUCGGUUUAAAGAAACUUAAUGAUAAUACCAAGGAAAUGCUGGAUUCAAUGAAAAAGUCCAUAGUGGAACUAUUUACAGAUGAGAACAAUACAAAAGUUGAAUUGCCUUCUUCGUGGGCUCUAAUGGAGCAGUUAUUGUAUGAAGGAGGCUGGAAGGUUUUGUCCCUGAGUGAAAUCUGGAAGCUCAACUCAUUUCUUCCCCAUGAAUACCAAAUCAAAAGUGAUGAAGAAAUGUCAAAAUUUUUAAAAUGUUUUCAUGACAGUGGCCUUCUUUUGAAUUUUGAAGAAGUGGAAUUGAAGGAACAUGUUAUACUAGACAUUCAGUGGUUUGCUAAUGCUUUCAGUAAAAUAAUUGCUGAUGAAAACCACAUCAAUAAAGAUUGUCAAACAAAAUUAAUCAAAGAGUGGAAAUCCUUCAAUAAAACAGGGGAACUUAAAGAAACAGUUAUAGAUGCUUUGUGGAAAGAUGAACCCUCUUACUUGAAACAUAAAAAUGAAAUUAUGCCAUAUAUGGAGAAACUUCAAAUGCUGGUACCUUUGAAUGCAUUUGAGGCUGUAUCAGUAGAUAGCAUGUCAUGGUAUGUCCCAUGUAUGAACAAAAAGCAGUUCAAAGCUGACUUCAGUGAAGAUAAAUGGGAAUGUUCAUCCAUUUUGUGCUAUCGAUUCAGUUCCUUUGCUAUGUUUGUGUUCUACAGACUAGUAGCAUACUGCAUAAGUUCUCUAAGAUGGAGUGUUGCAAAAGAUGAAGAUAAUGAAGGAAGUCCAUGUCUUUAUCAAACAGCGGCAGUGUUUGAUCACAAUGAACACACUGUUGUUGUUGGCAUAUGUAAUGACGAUAUUCAGUUGCAAGUGCUGAGAAUCAAAUCAUUGACCAUAGACAAAGAAGUAUCAUAUGAAAUUGGAAACUCCAUUGAUAAAGGAAUAGGAAAAUUGACAGAAACAUUUAUUGGCACAAAGAUAUUCCUCAGAGGAUUCAAAUGUCAAAACAUUGUUUGUAAUGAGAAUGAUCUUUCUUUUACACUUUCAAGUGAGCUGUCCAAAAUCAAGGCAAAAGAAAUUCAGUGCAAGUGUCAACUUCGGGAGAAACAUGUGAUAAAUGUACAAAAGACACAGGGAUUCUGGGAAAAGAGAGAGACAAUUGAUUCCAGUACACCUGUGGCGUCUGGAAAAAACCUAGAAGGCCGGUCUAGAUUUGCAAAACUUGGCAUGGCUACAAAUGAUGUGUUGAAUAAAGCAUACAGAGAUAUUCUAGAAUCAGAGAUUCCUGCAUCUGAUAUUGAGAACAAGGUGAAUUUAUUAUCAAACAGAAAGAGGAUGAAUAUGAAGCUGAAUUCGGAUCAAGAAGAUCUCUUGAUUAAAGCAAAAAAUUCUGGAUAUGAGGAAUUUGAUAUAUCAUUAACAUACAAGUUGAUAAGAAACAUUUGUUCAACGAUUCCUAAACCAACAAAAGGAAAAUGGGGAGAAGAUGCCAGCAACAGGAGAAGUGACCGUGGGUGAUGAUGUCGAAAGAAUAAGGUUUAUACGAAAUAGAUUGACUGCACAUGUGAGUUCAGCCUCCAUCUCUCAGAGAGAAUUUGAUGACACCUGGUUGACGAUGUCAGAUGUCUGCCAAAGACUGGAAACCUUCACUGGUGAAAAGUACUUGGAUAGUCUUAAAGGGAUUCAGAAACUUGCUCUAAAAGAGGAAGGGGAAGAUGCAAUAAAAGAUAUCAUAGAAAAGUUUGUCAAGGAUCAACACGAGCAACAUGAACUGUUGAAGACAGUCGUGUCAGAUGUUCAAGAAUUAAAGUCUCAAAUGAUGACAUUAAAACGAAAUUGAAGACUGGAAGCAACCGCUAGAAAAAUUUUUUUUUUACUCAUAGAACGUUAGCAGGAGUAGUAAAUAAUGAAUUCUGUUACACUUGGUUGAAGAUGUCGGAGAUCUGCAAUGCACUCGAAAGUUUCAUUGGUGAAAAUCCUUUGAAUAAGUCUUAUUAUAAAUAUAAUCAUAAACUGGAUAUGAGGAAUAUGAUAUUUCAUUUAUAUACAAAUUGCUAAGAAACAUUUGUUCAAAGAUCCCUUAGUCAUCAAAAAGAAGGUGAUGAGAAGAGCCAGCAGCAGGAGAGGUGACAGUGGGUGACGAUAUAGAGAGAAUUAGGUCAAUACAAAAUAAUUUGACUGCACACGUGAGCUCAGCCUCCACCUUUCAGUGCAUAACACUGUGGGCGACAGUGCCGGAU